ACCGACCAGACGACAGGAAUAUCGUGGAUCCAUUGUGAACGACGACAACGUUAUAACAGAAAGGAAUGUUUCAUUUACGAGAUCUGAAAUAGAGAAUAAUCGAACUACGAGCGAACGUUCUGUAAACGUCAAGAACGAGGAGUCAUCGUCGUUUCUCGUGAAAAUCAUUUCGCGAAACGACAUUGCUGGUUACGAACGAACGAAAAAAAACGAAAAAUUACGAGAUGUUAGAUUCGAGGAGACGAUUGUAGUAUCGACGGUACCAUCAUCGGCCGAGGUUGCCGUAAAAGGUUCAUUCAGAAGGAACGAGAAAAACGUUGUAAAUUGUGGAAACAAUAAUAAUAAUAAUAAUAAUAAUAAUAAUAAUAAUAAUAAUAAUAAUAAUAAUAAUAAUAAUAAUAAUAAUAAUAAUAACAACAAUAACAACAACAACAACAACAACAACAAUAAGGUUAAGGAUUUACAGGAAGAUACGGCAGGCAAUCAGGAACAACAAUGCGUUGCAACACCAAGGAUAUCAUUAUUGAAACCGCCUAGAAUAUUUUCGAAGCUAAUAUCGUCGGAUAUUAAAUUUUCUCAGAGCAAAUAUGGCGAAAGAAAAUCGAAUAUACCUAUAUUUAAGAGGAGCUCGAAGGAAUUCGAGGAUAUCAGGAGUCCACAGGAAUCACCGAAACGAUCUCUUAUACCACAAAGAUAUAGAGGAAGCACCGACGACCUUAGACGUAGUCGUGAGGAUAUAAGCGUGCCAAGUUUGAUACCGAAACUCCUGUCACCUCGUAAUAAAGAGGAUAGAUUAAUAAAGCGUCAGGAUAAUAAGGACGAAGAGAUUCGUACGAAUGUUACGAAAGUUUUAACUACGUUACGAAAGGAUAUAAAGGAGGAGACUAGAUUUACGAACGUUAUUAUAUCGCAAAAUAAUAUUAUUAACAAUAGUAACGCAAAGGAGGAGAAUAAAAUCGGUAUACGAACAUAUCGACGCGAUAAUAUUGCCAGAGAGGAAGGGAAAGAGGAGAAGGAGAAGAAAGAGAAAGAAGAGGAGGAAGAGGAGGAGGGGGAGGAGGAGGAGGAGAAAGAGGAGGAAGUGGUGGACGUGGGCAGGGAUUGUACAAAUUCAAAUGCGAGCGUUUCUACAAAAGGAAAACAAAUCGGGAAGGAGUUUGUUGGCGUUAAGAAAACGGAGGAGGAAGAGGAGAAGGUGGAGGAGGAGAGGAAGGAGGAACGCGUGGGCGAAUUAAUCUCGUCGAAAACGAAAUCAAUCGUUUCCGAAUUGAGCAAAAGGAAAAGGGAAAGCUUAGAUGAGAUUGAGAAUUUAGAGGAUGUUGAAUUGGAAUUGGAGGCUGACCGAUCUUUAACGAUAAAGCAAUUUAUAAGGGAACGAAAAUUAAUAUCGGAUGAAUUUACGACUAUGUUGGACGUAAUUGAUAAAAGCGUUGAUAAGGAAAAGACGUCCUUACGACUUCAAGAUAAGGAUCUACCGGAAGAUAUCAAUAGGAGUAUGGAUAACGGAUUCGAAGGGAUGAUGAUCCCGAUCGAGAAUGAAAAAACUAUCGAUUAUAUCGAUCGUUCGAUCGCGGAUGUUCCUUCGAAUGUUCUCGAUAACGAUAACGACGAUGAUGUCGAUGUUAGUGCCGUUAAUACGAACGAUCGAAGAUCUCUCGUUGACGUUGUUGGUCAUACCAACAAGAAGAUGGAAGAAUUUCAAGUGAUACGUCGAAAAUUUUCAAAGGAAGAAUUUUCAAAUACGGACGACACGGACGAGACACCGAACAAGCGUUGCUCAAGCCAUUUGUCACCGGAGGCGAGCCCCUUGAGUACAAGAUCCUCAAGAUACAGCCCUCGAGAGAGCGAAAGCGAACCGACACCUGCUCUACCACGGAAAAUAGGUGGAGACUCUUGUUCUGCUUCCCAGAGAAUAAGAGAUGCGAUAAGUAGAAGUAGAAGGGAAUCGAAUAGUAGCGCAAGAUAUGAGAGUAGCGGUAGCGAGAGUGUAAGACUGAGCGAGACAGGACUGCACGAUUGCGUGGAUUUAGCAAGGAAGUUGAAAUUUUUUGGUGGCAACGGAAGUGGUGCAAUACCAUUGAUCAUCGGAAAAGACGAAAUUAUUCAACGCGAUAGUGCAACCAGCGCGGGUGAGGAUGAGCCACACGAGGAAGGUCAUAGCAAUAGAAUCGGUCCGAUUUCCUCUCAGGGAAGAUCGAUAUUUCGCCGACGUAGACAAUUCGACGCCCAGGGUUCGAGAAGAAGGGGCCGAUCGCACGCUAGAACUUGCUGCGGAGAGGAUCUUCAGAGUCUUCAGACACUUCACGUGAUUGGACGUGCCGAAAGACAAGAGAGUCCAACCGGUAGCAACGCCAACACCACCAGCAACAAUAACAACAACAAUAAUAAUAAUAAUAACAAUAACAAUAAUAAUAACAAUAAUAAUAAUGGACAGGAUCAACCGAUAGUCGAUUACAGAAGAUUAGUCUUUAUAAGUUCGGAUUCUUCGUCUGGUCGUGAGGAGGACGACGCUGACAGCAGUUGUUCCAGUUCCUCUUACUUGAACGGUUUACCACGCGGUGGUAGUCACGCUCAGUCCCUCGAGGAUUGCGAUUGGGAUUAUUUCGAGAGCGGUACAUUACCGCUUCCUCACGGUAUACCAGUCGCCAUUGGUAAUAGUAACAUAACCACGGAUCCUAAUAUUUCCCAGGAUUGGAGUUGUUGUCCUGGACGUGGUUCCUCGGCUUGUCAGGCUUGCGGGGGUUCUGGAAGCGCAAACGUACUUCCGGUACCCGUCCCUAUACCAGUCCCAGUACCAUAUCCGGUGCCAGUUCCGGCAGCUCUCUGGACCGGUGAUUUUGCAGCGGCAGCGUCCUCGAUGAUAAGUCGUGCCGGAGAUUCGGAGCCCGGAACGUUGAGGUUGAGAGGAGAGCCAGGAGCACCUUGGUUCGCUUGGCAUCCAAGAUUUAAUCAGCCAUUGCAUCGCGGUAGACUUGAUCCAAGACUGACCGGUAUAUUCGAUCCAACCAAUUGUAGUUUUAGGCCUGAACAAGUGAUAGGUCCUCGUCUUUACGAGUCAAAUAACGAAACGACAAUUUCAUCGGGCAACGAAUCUAAUAAUCGUAAUAAUUUGCACGAGAGCAUAGCUGAGUCGAUUCAAAAUAAUCGUGAAAAUAAAUUAGGCAAAUCAAAUACAAACGCGGAAGAGAAUUUAAUGAGUGAGACAUUGAUGAAAAAGGAAUUAUUAGUCGAGUCCGCGGAAAAGGUGAUUGAAAAAAAGGAUGACUCUGCGGACGUUACUAAAGGGGAGAAACACGUACAGAUCGAGAACAGGAUGGAAAAGAACGAAGUGGAAGAAGAGGAAGAGGAAGAAGAAGAAGAAGAAGCCGUUUGCGAGGAUUCCUUGUCUUCGUCAUUCGAGAGCAGAGCUCAAAUGAUCUAUCAAAGAUCUCACGAGGAUUCAGGUAGUUCAUCUGGACGUUCUUCGGCUGACAGCAGUGACCUCGAGGAAGAUUCAACCUCUCAUAGAUUUUCAAGAGUAUUCGUCGUCAACGACGAUUCUUUUACAAGCGACAACGACAUCGAGGACAACGGUGAAGAGGACGAUUCUGAUUCAGCUAAUGAGCAAGGUGGUGUAACCUUGAAACGUGUUACCGCAUUGCCAGAGGAAGAAUCUGUUAUUUUGCAACACGUACGUUUGUUAAACGAGGAUGGCGAUUUUGAGGAUAUCAAUGGGAAUCAAAAUGAUAGGAACAGAAUCGAUGAGGUUGAAACUGAACGAAGGAGGGUCAUUAAUCCAAACGAUAAUUCUAAUUCGGAGAGAAAUAAGAGUAAUCGAGAUGGACGUCAACGUAUAGAUGUUGAUAAUGACGAUAGAAUACCAUUGUUGGUUGAUCAUCGACUUAUACCAGAAGAGAUUUAUCUCGCCGAUGAGAGCGAAUCAUUAGGUAAUAAAAUAGAAUUGAAAUCUGUUAGAGUCUUUGAUCCUGAUAGCAUCGAUACAACCUCGAACGUUCCUCCGAUCGAGGAAACUAAUGAUAAUCACUCGUCGGAUUCAGAAAUGGUUUUUAAUGUGAAUCCUAUUAGGAGGAGCGAUAGAUCGAUCGGGAUUGAUCGUUUGUCGAAAAUCGUUAAUCCAAAUGAUAACGAGAAAAACUACGUGGAAUGUGAUUUAUCUAAUACGAGUGAAAACUGGGAUUCGACGAUAAUACCAGACUCGUUGGAAAUAUCAAGAGAAGUUGCACAGGGAUAUAAUAAGUUCUUAGAAAUCUCAGAUGAUUUGAAAAAAUUCAGUUUGAACGACGACAAGAAGAAGAAGGAGGAGGAUGUCGUACGUAGAAACUCGUCUUACGAUAACAACGAUUGUGAAACGCCAACGGAUAAGCUUAACGUUUUAUCGGAGUUAUUGAACGACAGUACCUCAGAUCGUAAAAGAGAUAACAACGAAUCGGUUCGUAACGUUAUCGGCAAUUCGUUUUUAUCCUCGAUGGAAAGUUCGACGGGUAACGAAACAACAACGACAGGAAGUGAGGAGGUGAGCAGCGAUGAGCUUCACGAGUACGAGGUCACACCGUUCUGCGAUUUUAACGUGGCUACAACAACGAUUUCCGCCGUUAAUGAGGAAUUGUUGUUGUUGAACCGUGUAAAAGUCGAUAACACAUUGAAAAGUAUAAAUGACAAUGACGAGAAUGACGACGAGAACGACGACGAGAACGUCGAGGAUGAGAACGAGGAUGAGAACGAGGAGGUUAACAGCGAGAGCAAGGAAGAAGAAUCGAUCGACGAUAAGUCUUUACGUAACACCAGUACGGAGAGUCUUGCUGGAUGGAACAAUUACUUGGAAAAAGAUCUUACGGUAUCGGAUAGGAACGAGGAAGAGUUGAGUAAGGUGUUGGAGGUGAAUAAAAAGUUAACGGAGAAGGAAUUAAACGGUGAAAAGGACGUAGCAAAGAAAUGGGCAGGCCGGGAUGUAGGAGAUGUUAUAUCAAGCAAAAUUCAAGAGAUCUUCAUGAGCGCUGAACGUGCCGAACGUGGAACGGAGACUGCGCACGAGCAUGGCUCGUAUACGGUGAGAGGCGAUAGUCCUGUUUCGAGCGAGGUAGUAGGAAGCAACAUCGGAGGUGGUAGCUGCGACGGUGGUGGUAACGGUGGUGACGUUGACGGUGAGGACGACGGCGGCGGUAGUGGUGCCGAGGAAGGUGGUAGUGGUAAAUGCGAUGAUAGUGAUGGUGACUCGACGGAGGGGGUAUCGACACGGUUUCGCUCAGUCGAGCGACGCCCGUCCACUCGAAAGGAGAAUGGAUUCCCUCCUGCCGCGUCGACUAAGGAUUCCACAAGAGACGCAACUCGCUACUUUCCCUCCUCGACGAUAUCUUCGAACAACAAUACCGGUUUCAACGACAACAACAACAGCAACAACGCUAAAUAUAGGAGCCUCGUGAUGAUUACCCAAGAAGCUUCGUAUCAACCGGUGAGCGUGAUCACGUCGGACACUACGACCUUGUUGCAGCCGGAUGAAGUCCACACGGCUGGUCAGGGUCUGGCCGGGUAUUUCCAGCUGGCGCUCGAAGCCGUAGCCGAACAGCCUCACCGUAAGACAGGUCAACCUCCAAGAAGACCCCUCAUGGUUAAAAGAUUGCCGACCAAUGUGACGAAUCAUUCGGAAACAGAGGUAGACAGUGGCUUGAGCGUGGGUAGUGCCAGCGAGAGCGAUGACGUAUCAGUUAAGAACGCCAAUAAGAUAAAUAAUCGUUUGGAAGGUAGUAACGAGGAAUCUCAGACGAAGGAUAGACAGAAUAAUGAUCAUAAAGAAGGAUUGCGAGCACGUGCAUCUUCGCAAUCGAGCGACGAUAACUCGGCAACUGGUGGGGUUGUUAUACUCGAAGAAGGAUUAGCCGAUGAUGACUCCUGGGUCGAGGAAGUUUCUCACGACGAGGAUGAACCUGGCGCUACGACAGCGACUGAGGAGAGUUCCGAGGACGAAGCUAAUAAUCUUGGUGAUCGGGAGGAAGAAUUACGAGGAUAUCACAGGCAAGCUAUUGACUUUACCCUUCAUACUAUCGUCGAGGAAUCGUGCGAGGAGAGCGAAGCCGAACCCAGUUUGGCUGCAGGUAGCCCAUCGAAAAAACAACGACCGCCGUCUGCCUCGGAAUUGGAAAAAUAUUUUUUCUUUGGACUCGGUGGCGAUGGAAACAAUUCGAGUAUGGGAUCACGCGAGGUCGAUAGUCUGUCCGAAACAUCGUCAAUUUAUUCCGAAGGUCUUGAAUCUCUUGGACAAGACGAACCUACCAGUACUACAUCAAACACCAGUACUACCACUGGCUGUCAAAGUCAAGAACGAUUGAAUUCCAGCGAUGGAUUUCUCAAUUCUUCGAGAUUAGAAAAGUACUUUCUAUCGGAGUUUCUUGGAUUCGAUCAAGAUAGACGUGACUCUGACGGAUCGGUUGGUAGCGAUUCCGAAGGUAGACCAAGUCCAGAGGCACAACGAAGGAAACGUCUUGUUCGUGCUAGAGGUACAGGCCGUUCGCACAGUUCUUCUCUCGAUAAUCUAUUGGCCCUGACGCAGAGCUCGCAAAAUUUGAGUUCCCAAAAUUCUCUACAAGACCUUAGUCUCAAUCAAGAUCUUCAAGAAACUCAAUCGGAAGGAUCCUCGACCGAAACUGAUGGGGCAGAGGAUGGACAAACCGCGGUAUUUGGUACGGAUGGACAAUUUGAUACGGUCAAAAGGAAAAAGAAAAAGCCUAGAAAUUUAGGCACGCAAAGUCCUCGUGUACCGGACGAUAGAAACAAAACUCCAGAGCCUAACAGAGAAAUGAUAUUGGUAGGAGAGGUGGUAGUGGAGGACGAUACGGAGGCCGCGAAUUCUGAAGAUUCCGAGAGAGCAAAAACACCUCAGCCUGAAUGUGCUUUGUCUUCAUCCUCGUCGCCGUCAAUAAUUCCAAACGCAUCUACGACACCCUCUCCGCAAAUUGUCGAUUCAUCGAGGAACCUUCUCUCGUCUUCUGCCGAUUCUAUCGCUUAUAAUCAAAGAUCGAAACAACAAUCGAGAGACUCCGGCUUCGUAGGUAGUUGCGACGAUCUUUUGCAACAUCAAAAAAUACCAGACGACGUACAGGUUAAUUCCGAAAUUAAUCAAGAGACGGGAAAAGAUCGUGCGAGAAAGGAAGGUAACGUAGGCGUACGUACGACGGACGAUACUAUUUCAAACGAAACCAUUGUCGAUAACGAAAAGAACAAUUCGAUAAAGAUAGAUCAUCCUAUAAAUCACACGAGCAUGCCGCACUUGCCAAAUGCGUCUUUAUCGCGCAAGGAUAGCUUUAACAAUUGGUCGAGCGACGAAGAAACGAAUCUGAUGAUGUCGAAGAUGCGACAAUUUUUCAAAACCAUGGUCGCAAACUCAAACGGCCAAGGACAAAACGUUGGAAAUGCAAAUUCUACCGGCGCCUCGCCAGCACCGAGUCCACGAUUACCCGGUUAUACGUCCAAGUCAAGGAUUUGUCCGCAGAAUCGUACUAAACCACCGCAAUUGGUAUACUUCGAGAACGAGUUGACCAGAUUAAUGAAAACUGUACCUGGUAUACGAGACGAACAAGUUCGAGAAAUAGUCGAAUAUUUAAGUUCUGAGGAUACUUGGUCAGAUUCUUAUGACAGUUCGGAUUAUACAAGUUCUGAUUUAGAAGGGGCUGCUGGUGGUCGUCGUUCGGCAUUGCAAGAACAAAUAUCACAAAGUUGUCAACAGAUCAUAAGCAAGUUCGAUACAACCUCUGGUGAAAAUCUUUUGAACGAGAAAGAUAAUAAAGAGGAUAAGAAUGGUACUAACAAUAUUCAGGGCCCAUGCCUCGGUAGGGAUACCGCGUUCGUUUAUCAAAAACUAGUCCAAAGUUUUACAAAAAUGGCAGGUGACGGUGUUAGUUCUGAUACAAAUUCAACGCCCCACAGCAGUCCUCCUUUGAUCGCAAAGGUGAUGCAUCACAUAGGAAGUCGAUUGGUAGCACUUAUGCACGAGGUAUCCGAAGGUGGUCCAGCCGUUCAACAUCAUUCGACUACAACAUGGAGAAGAUACUCGCAACAUCAUCGGACACCUUCGUCUGCCUCAACUACGGAAGACGAUGAUUCUACCUCGGAUUCGACUAAUCCAACGUCCUCGGCUCAUCUCCAAUUACCUAGAUCAAAGUCUCACGAUCCUUUGUUACUUAUUAAUAAUCAUCCUAAUACGUCGACCGGUCAGGAGGGAGAAGAAAGGGAGGCUAGCGAUUACGAAAGAUUCUCAUGGCGCGGUAGUUUCGAAUCAGCAUUAAUGGCUGCUGAUUCGAGGACAAAACUAAGCCUAUUGGCUUGCAGCGGGGACGUUAGUGGAGUUGGGGCCAGUGCUAGUGCUAGUGCUUUGGCAAUGGCAGCUAAAAGACGCAGUGCCGGUGAUUUGUUGUUCAAUCCUAGGAGCUUGUCGAGAGAGCAAUUGGAUAGAGUAAGAAGUUGCGGUUCCAUUGGUGGUGGUAGCGGUGGUGGAGGUAUAGGAAGUGGAGGAUGUGGAGGAUCUAUCGAGGAAAGGAUUUGGAGUAAUAGAAGAAGAUCUUCCGUUCCGGACGCUAACACCAGAGGAGAGUCUGGUGCGUCAGCAGGUGACGAGGACACAGAGGAUGAACUGGAAUACGGUGCCGGCGAAUCGUCACGUGCUACGACACUUCCUCGUGGUAUUCAAUCGGCAUUGAGCGCGGCAACGAAUUCUCUUCCACGUUUACCGGCUUCGACAACUACGACUGGCCUUACGACAACGUCAACGACCUCAUCGCAAAUGCACAAAGCUCACAGCGUUUAUCAUUUUCUACCGCAACAUAGCGGCGUCAAAUCGGCCAGAUAUCGACCGCCCGGUUUUGCCAGGAACAGCAACGUAACAGCGGGAACAAUUGGUGGCCCGAAACGUGCGGUCAGUGCACCGGGUUUACAGGUUUCGGGCUCGCAAAGUUCUGCGGCUAAACGCGACAAUUCUAGAACUAGAAGGCAACAAGCUAUCUCUCUGACACCGGACGAUGGAAGUAGCCUAUCAGAGGCGUGCAGUACGCCAAUCAUCGGGGCUGGUUCGCGUGCUGCUUCUAGUCACACGGUCAUGGAUAUGGACGAUAUGGAUCCUGGAUUGCAUUCUGGACAUCUCGCUACUCGUGCCUCUUUGUCCAGCCUUGGAGCUCGCUCGGAUUCAAUGGCAUCGGUUUACAGUGGUGCUGGUGAAGGAAGGUGCUGUAGAUCGGUAGUCGUUACCGGCGAAGUCGAAUUUGCAUUGCAGUACGAUUACAAGCAUCUAACGUUCGAGGUGCACGUUACUAAAUGCAAGAAUCUCGCUCCAGUCGACGUCAAACGAAAGCGAUCCGAUCCAUACGUGAAGGUCUAUCUCCUGCCGGACAAAUCUAAAAGCGGUAAACGCAAGACAAAGGUGAAGAAGCACACGUUAAAUCCAGAAUUCAACGAGACUUUAAAGUUUCACAUGAGCCUGAGCGGUUUGGAGACGAGGACAUUAUGGCUGACAGUAUGGCACUCGGAUAUGUUCGGACGAAAUGAUUUUCUCGGAGAGGUGCGAAUGCCAUUGGAGAAUAAAAUUUUUGAUGACCCGACACCAAGAUGGUAUCCACUUCAGGAAAGAACAGAACCAUUCGACGAUCCAAUCGCUUACAAAGGUGAAGUAAUCGUCGGCUUGAAGUUCGUACCACCUGAUCCCGCACAACAACAGGAACGUGAGCUGGGCUCCGAUCACAAGGGUGCUUCGAAAUCGAGAAAAAAUUGGAGUCGUGGUGCUUUGCACGUUCUUGUUAAAGAGGCCAGAAAUUUGCAAACGAGAGCUAAGAAUUCUGGGACCUGUGAUCCAUUUUGCAAAAGUUACCUGCUACCAGACAAAGGUCGAUCGGGUAAACAAAAAACUGGUGUAGUUCGUCGUUCAGGUGGUUCACCAGUUUGGGGUCAUACAUUUGUCUAUAAGGAUGUAAGUUUGCAAGAGUUAGCCGAGCGUGGACUCGAAUUAACUGUGUGGGAUCAUGAUCGUAUCGCCAGCAAUGAAUUUUUAGGAGGCGUACGUUUCAACCUUGGCACAGGAAAGCAUUACGGGAAGGCGGUAGAUUGGAUGGACGCUACCGGACGUGAAUUGUCUCUUUGGCAAAGUAUGCUCGAGAGGCCUAACUUUUGGGUAGAAGGUGCUGUUACCUUGAGGCCAAAUCUACAUAAUCACGGGAAAUCUAAUAACGGCUCAUAAAAGCCAAUUACAUCAUCGAAACAAUUAGAAUAUCGAAGUUAUAUCUAUUUUUAGCUAAUCAGUCAAUGUAAAUAGAUUAAGCGAGAUUAAUCGGUCUCGUUCUCGAUGAUAGAUAAUCAGUGCCUUUCGGAAAAAUGAAGAGAGAAAAAAAAAAAGAGAAAAAAGAAAAAAGAAAAAAAAAAUACCGAAAAAAAGAAUCCUCCGGUUUCCCCUCCUCCUUCUUGAAAAAGAAAAAAGCAAAAAAAAGAAGAACCGAAAAACAAUGAAAAAAAGGAAAAAUAGACGCUUAUACAUACCUAAUCACGUUCUCUCCAGUCGCGAAAAGUUUCAAGAAGAGGAAAAAGAA